CUCAGGUCACGUGACUCAAAGGGACCAAUGGAGGCAGGUUAUGGAAAGGGGAACAGUUAAAUUUGUAAUUUUGGUUGUGUGAAACACUUCUUUGGGCCUCAUAAACAACCACAGAACCACAAGUUGGGUACAGAGGCAGUCACACAAGAGCGGGUCUGGGAUAUUGGUCAGCAGGCAGGGCAAAUCGCUUUGACUGCAAACCACAGAGUUUCGUAGAGUGGUAGAAGAAAUCAUAUAUUCCUUCACUGUAAAGAGAAAGUGAGUUUUAAAGAGGAAACAAUGGCUUCAAACAGCGUAUUUGAUUCACUUCCUUCUUACCAGCACUUCUUGAGAGAUACCAGCACCAGCCGCCGCUUCACGCCGCCCUCCACCGCGCUGAGCCCGGGGAAGAUGAGCGAGCCGCUGCCGCUGCCCGGAGCCGAGCACAGCGGAGCGCUGGCCGGGAAGCUGCGCGCCGCCGACCGCAGCAUGGUGGAGGUCCUGGCGGACCACCCCGGGGAGCUGGUGCGCACCGACAGCCCCAACUUCCUGUGCUCCGUGCUGCCCACCCACUGGCGCUGCAACAAGACGCUGCCCAUCGCCUUCAAGGUGGUGGCUUUGGGAGAUGUACCCGAUGGGACCGUGGUCACGGUGAUGGCUGGGAACGACGAGAACUACUCUGCAGAGCUCCGAAACGCGACGGCUGCCAUGAAAAACCAAGUGGCAAGGUUCAACGACCUCAGAUUCGUGGGUAGGAGUGGAAGAGGGAAAAGCUUCACACUGACUAUCACUGUCUUCACAAACCCGCCCCAAGUAGCCACGUACCACAGAGCCAUCAAGAUAACGGUGGAUGGACCACGCGAACCCAGAAGACAUCGUCAGAAACUAGAUGAGCAGACAAAGCCCGGGAGCUUGUCCUUUUCAGAGCGCCUGAGUGAACUGGAGCAGUUGCGUCGUACGGCCAUGAGGGUCAGCCCACACCACCCAGCCCCCACACCCAACCCACGAGCCUCCUUGAACCACACCACUGCUUUUAACCCUCAGCCUCAGAGUCAGAUUCAGGACACGAGGCAAGUGCAGCCGUCCCCUCCAUGGUCCUACGACCAGUCCUACCAGUACCUGGGCUCCAUCGCGACUCCCUCGGUGCACCCUGCCACGCCAAUAUCGCCUGGCAGGGCCAGCGGCAUGACGUCCCUCACCGCAGAGCUUUCCAGCCGCCUCUCAGGUGCUUCUGACUUGACGGCAUUCAGUGACCCCAGAGUGGGGAUCGACCGCUCCUUCUCUGCACUCCCUUCCAUUUCUGAUCCUCGGAUGCAUUACCCGGGAGCGUUCACCUACACGCCAACACCCGUCAGUUCAGGGAUAGGGAUCGGUAUGUCUGCUAUGUCCACAGCCACCAGAUACCACACUUAUCUCCCACCUCCAUACCCUGGCUCCUCUCAGGCCCAAGGCAGCCCAUUCCAGACCAGUUCACCUUCGUACCACCUCUACUACGGAACCUCUGCCGGGUCCUAUCAAUUCUCCAUGAUCUCAGGAGGAGACCGGUCCCCCCCGCGCAUCCAUCCCCCUUGCACCAAUGCUUCCACAGGAUCGACACUCCUCAACCCCAACCUUCCUAACCAAAGUGAUGUGGUUGAGGCAGAAGGGAGCCACAGCAACUCCCCAACCAACAUGGGUACCACGGGAAGGCUAGAGGAAGCGGUUUGGAGGCCAUACUGAAUCCAUGUUAAGUAGUCGUGGGCCAGGACUAAUGUGCUUUCGAUGUACCGAUGCCUGUAGGUAUCCCAUAAACACCUGUCCUCUUAUGGGCCCUGCCAUGUUCAUACGUCACUUCCAGAAGCAAACUCUCCAGAAGUCAGCGGUCCCAGGAGCAGUGGCAUGAGUUGGGCCAGCUGCGGGGCUGGUGAAGCGAUGCCACGCCAGCAAGGUACCCUCCGGGGGCUGAGCUUCUGGAAAGGAGGACAUUCAGGUUGGUGGCCUGUAGGUAGUGAGGGUGGGUAGGAAGAUAUCCAGGCUGUUCCCAGACCUGUGGCUUUCAAACAUGCCCAGGUUUGAAGGUCUCCACAGCCCUAAAGAGAGUUUCGGUUCACUUCUGUUUUUAAGACUUAAGACCUAACAGAAACUUAAUGAGUUUACUGCAUCUUAUGGACAUAUUAACUAUAAGGAAGUAUAGGAAGAUUCCCAGAGGGAAACUGUGAAUGCUUCUGUUUUAGCAAUGCUGUGAAUGAGAGGUUUUAUAUGUUGGACUUCAGUUUUUCCUUUUUUGUUGUUGUUGUUUUAUGUGUGUGUGUUGUUUUUUUUUUUAAACCAUGUUGCAUAUUCCAAAGAAUAUGGAAUUUUUUUAUUGCUGGUUUGUUUUGGGUUUUGUUUUUUUGGUUUGGGUUUAUUUUUUAUUUUAUUUUAUUUUUUUUGAAGGAUGCAACUCGUCCUGCUUUGCAUCUGAUUUGUUUAAUUCCUCUUGGCACCUUAUACAAAAAAAUAACAAAAAAACAAAAAAAAAGAGAGAGAUUUUACUUUUUUUGUUGCAGUUUUACUCAACGCUUGCUUCUUUCUUGCUUUGUCAACUGAAAGAAUCGGCCCCUUUUUCAAUGAGUUAAUUUAACUUUUUUUUUCUCUUGGACUUUUUUUUUUUGUUUGUUUAAUACAAUGGCUACAGCCUUGGGUCAUUUUCAACUACUGUACUACUUUGAUGAUAUUUAUGCUUGAUAUUUAGACUUUUCUUAUUUGUUGAUACUUUUAUUAUUUAAAUAUGCCUAUAUUAAAAAAGAUCGGUAAUUGCCUUUUUUAGUAGCAGCCAAAGUCAAAUUUGUCACAUCGAAAAAGGCUGGAAUAACGAUGGGUAAAGGGACCUCCUAAUUACCUAGAAAUGUUGUUUACAAUUAUCUCCCUCUCAUUUUACUCAGCUAGGUGAGCCCAGAGCCUCACAGCUGUUUAGAUGCCCCACUCUCGCUGAAACAAUUGAGGCACCAGAGUCCUCGUGAAGGCACUCGGCCUUUCUCCCCAGUGGAGUCAUCUUUCCACACCCCUUCCUCAUUUUUCCAUAGUCACCAGAGGCAAUGCUCAGGAUCAGUACUCAGGAGGCACCUAUAUCAUAAUGCAGUCUUUUGUAUUCCCUCGACUGCAUAAGUCCCCAUACAGCCCUGUUCUGUGCUGAGCUUCCCCUGGCUUCCUAACAACUCAGAGUCUUCACAGUCUGUCAAAUCAAGAGCCAACACACAGCAUGGCAGGAGUGAAAUGAAGAGGACUGUGAUAGAAUCAGUGUGAGACUUGCUCCCAGCUCAAUGGAGCCAAGAUUUCUGUGCAGUACAAGAGCCAUGUUCGAGAGUACUGGAAAAGAAAUCAAUUCUUGCAUCACAAAAAUAGCUCAGACUGAACAGAGUCAAGUUCAUCUGGAAAGCAGGUCAGCAAGGAAGGGGCCUUAAUGGUUCUUCCAUCACCAUAUCUUGAGGGAAGAGGUAGGAGAUUUAAAACCCAUGCACAAACUCUUUGGUCCUUUAGCAAAUAUGGAUGGCUUGUACUAGGAACAUGUUAAUACAGGGUCGUCAUCAUUGCCCAUCGUUACAGCACAAACAUAUCAGAUGUCACUGUAAAGUUUAUGGCACUAUUUUAUUUGAGGGUUUGGUCUGAACGCAGCUGUUGUACUACUCGUUAAUUACAGACUGCUGAUGUUGACAAGUGUGCGUUCCAAAUGAUCCAAUUAUUAUUUAAUGUACGUCUUAAACGAGUGAAACAAUUGCAGGUCAACUCAGAGAGUAUUUGAAAGCAGGACUUCAGAUUAGUGUUUGAUGUUUUAAAAAAAAUAAAAUGAAAAGGAUUCAAAUUAAAAAGAUCCUUGGCUGCAGGCAGCAGAACAGCUGGACUUAUUUAAAACCAUUUGUUUUUCAAAUUUUCUUUUCUUUUUUUUUUUUUCUAUAUAUAUAUAUGAUUUUGCUUCUUUGUUUAAGUCAGAUGCAGUAGCACUUUGGUAUUGAGAAGUUACACAUUGAAGAACUUGCAUUGUUGACAAGGUCAUUUCUCUGCAGAAAAUAGGGGGUGUUUCAAGAGAUCUCAGCAAAAGUUCAAAAUGGUUCUGCUAAAAUAUGUACAUGGCCUCGUGCUUUUAUUUAGUGCAGUAUAAUUAAUCAUUUUCUAGAGUUUGCUCUGAUCAAAAAAGGCAGAAAGCAUCAAAACCAGCAUCAGAACAGUUAAAAAUGUAUUUUGGAAGUACGAAGACCUUGCUGAAUAUGGAAAUAGAGAGACCCUGCCCUUACAUAGUUGGAAUCUCACCUCAUCGGUAGCCUAAAAAAAAAAGUCCUUCCUCAGUGAACAGUAGCUCUGUUGCAGAAUUCAUUUUACGCAUUCUCUGUUGCCGCGCAGUUCAAAUCCCCAUUGGCUGUAGCUUUCACGUCUGCCUUGUGUCUGGACCACCCAAGCACAUAGUACUGUGAGUGGGAACCCAAAGGUGAGGGUAAGGAACCACAGAGGAGCCACAGACCUCCCCACAGGGCACAGCUGUUGGUGGCUGGGUGACUCCGACCCAGUGGCAGAGGUGAGGCUGCUGUGGUCAGGAGUCUCCCACAUUGCUCUCCCCACAACCGCGACUGCUGUCUGCUGAAGCCUUUGCCUGUUUUAGCCCGUAGCGCUGUACCACCCCCUUAUGAAACUGAAGUGUCAGGGAGGGGAAAGUGAGCCCAGUCUGGCAGCCCAGUGGUCAGGCCUAACGUUUAACGUUUCUUAUGGCUACACGUGUACUUUCUUCACACCUGCCCUGAAGUGGAAGUUUAAUUUUACACUCCCUGGUGUAAACGGCUUGAGAAGGUGCGGAGCUGGUCACAGCACUAACCCCUGUUCUGGAACAUAACCAAAACAUAGCAUUUCCCACAGCUAGGUAAAACACUUCCCCAUUCACACGCCUCCAAAUUAUAGUGUAUAAGUAUAUAUUUUUAUAUGUAAUAUAUAUAUAUAUGUAUAUAGUUUUAUCAUCCCAGUAGCUGAAUGGAAUAGCACUGUUGUGCUUCCCUUUGCAAGUCGCGGUCAGCAGAGUGCCUUAGGCUCUUUCCCCUACUGACAUGCAGUAGUUAAUGGCAGUCCCUACUAUCAGCUUGUGUGUUCCUCUCACAAGACACAGCUUGUUAUCCAGAGGCAGCCCCAGCAAGCCAUUCCAAAGUAAACACUGGGCCGACCUCCUGUUUGCAUUAAGACCCCUCACUUUGCUCUCAGCGUUUCUGCUCACUUCCAGAGUUCCCAUUUGGCUUCCAGAGCAAAGUAAAGGAGCUUUAGUACAAGAGGAGGCAGACGCAGGGAGUGUUGCUGCUACUAAGGAUUUCACUAGCAGAAUUAUGCCAAAUAAACUUCUGGAAAGGAGAAAGAUGGUUUGCUCCAAAUGGCCCACAGUCUUUGUCAGAGUGUUCCGAAUUGCCUGCACUCUUGAAACAUUCAUUACUGCUUUCUGGAUGACCUUCUCUAUCAGUGUAUUUGAAGAUUCAGGAUAAAAAGUGGAUCGUUUUCAGUUUGGGCAAAACACUUUCUUGUUUUCCUGCAUUGUAACGUUCUCCUGUUUUAUUUUUGUUAACCUUGCUUGGUCAGUACUGAUCACCUGGCAUUUUUCUCCUUGUCUUAAGAGGGUUGCAUCAAUGGACUUCCUUGUAUUUAUGUAUGUAAAUAGAUUUCAGAAGCUUCAUAGCAAAAUAUUUAGUGCUUGUAAUUACUCCGCAUUUUUUUUGUUGUUGUUUUGUUUGUUUGUUUUUUCUUCUUUUUUUUUUUCAGUGUUUUUAAUGAACGUACCUUUGUUUGCUUAAAUACUCUAUGGAGACUUUUUUCUUUCCAAGUUAGUUAUUUUAGGCUUCGAGAUUAACUACAUUUUAUUCACUUCUGUAAACAGUUAUAGCACAGGCUCUAUUCAACACACUCUUCUUUUCUUUUUUUUUUGUGGUAGGGGAGAAACGAAUGUGCAAAAACCUGUGGGUUAUUUGUGGUAUCCUGGGCUAUGACAGUUACACACCUUGCUUACAAACACAACCUUUCAGUCUGAGGGGGUGGCAUGGCAAGUCAGAGGGGAGGGCACAGCGGGAGACACGCUCCUAUUGGGACGGCAUCAAAGAAGUGUGUUGGUUUGGCAUUUACUGGAUCUGUUUACAAACCAGAUGCUGCAGCAUACUGGAACAGUCACAUUUUCCUUUGACACUGUCAUGCUGAACAUUUCCAGAAGGGGAAACUACCAGGUUCUGGAAGUUUGCUUUUUUGGGGGGGUUUUGAUCACAGGGGAUUUUUCUUCCGGGGGUGGGAAAGGGGGUGGGGGGAGGGCUGCUGUUUCUUGGAACCAGAUAGGAAAAGAGAAUAGAGUAGAUUUUUCUCCCACUACAGAAAGUCUGUAGAUACCGCGUCAGAGUAGACUCUUGCUGUACAUACGGAUGAACGUGUCCAGCGCCACGGGAAAACUCAUUACAACGAGCACGCAGAGCAGCUGGACUGCUGCGUUAGUUCUAAUGAAGACUUUCUUUCUUUCUUUCUUUGUACCACGGUUUCCUCUGUAAAUUCAAUAUCAUAAUUAGUGUGAAUGACAAAUAAAACGUUUGACAAGUAUGCA